AUUGACGUUUGUCAUUUCACAUUUGUCAAAUUUGUGGAUAGAGGUAGUUUGUGUAUGUUGUAAAUGGAUUUUUAUAUGAAUAUUAUAUUUAGCGGCCUUUUAUAUUGACUGCGUAAAAACCUAUCUACUGUUGUUCAGAUGGACGAAGACAUUUUGAUCGACACUAAAGACUGCUUUUACGCUGAGGACUUUUUAGAUGAGCUUCUGUCAAAGGAUUACAAAUGGUCAUCACUGUUAGAUGCAACUGAUGCAUCACCAAGUCAGAUACUGGCUGAUGCGGCACCAGCACUGGUGCCACCAAUAUCUCCUGGAUGCAGCCUCAAAUCAUCACACAGUAGCAGUAAUUCUGAUUCAGGCAGUGACGAUGAUUCUAAAAACAGUUCAAGUUGUGCUUCGGCAAGACAAUCAUCCCAGUCACCAUGUGACUGGUUGUCAAAUUUUGAAGAUCAACCUCCCAAUAACUUGAACCUUGCAGAUAUUGAAUUGUUCCUCCAAAAAUCAGUUCCAAUCCAAUCACCCCCGCCAACAGAAAUUGUGCCAAGUACUAGACCAAUAGGAAGAAAUAGGCCUGUUGUGGCCAUUGAAAAUGGUAUUAUUAAGGGAAUUGAAACAGAACCAGAAAGUGUUGAUACUAAUGUUAGCUCUUCUCAAACACAUAAAGGAAAUGGUUACCUUCAAAACUUCUAUUUUAAAGUAGUUAAUGAGAAUUCACCAACAAACAUUGAUAUGGAAGCAAAAUUGAAUGGAAAGAUGCAGCUGGUAGUGGACCAGAAAACAGUUCCCAGUAUAUUGAAAAGGUCCACAAAUAUAAAACCACCAAAUGUGAUACCGCCUGAAAGUGCAAAAGAUAGUAACAUGGCCAUGUCAGCUUCACUGUUAAACAAAAGAGUUUGUGUCAAGAAUGAAAAUCAUAUAAAUACAGCUACAAAUAAUGUGAUAGUAAAUGCCAAUGAAGUUAUAGUUAAACGUGAGACGACCCCGCCGAUAGUACAAAAUGGUACAAUAUCUUCAACAGAGUAUGACUUUCUGGUCGAUCCUAAUCUAGAUAUGUCUAAAUUUACCGAAGCUGAAAUAAGAGCACUAAAGAAACGACAAAGAAUGAUUAAAAACCGUGAAUCAGCGUGCCAAUCCCGCCAAAAGAAAAAAGCUUAUGUGACAGCAUUAGAACAACAGUUGUUAGAGGCGCAACAAGAGAUUGCCAGGUUGCAACUUGAAAACAAAAUAUUACGAAGUCAACUUGAAAACGGGGAACGAAUGCGUAAGAUACCUAGGCUAGACGCGUCAUUGCUGAUACCUAAGAAGAACAUCGCAGUUCUUUUUGCUAUGGUUUUUAUGGUAUCGUUAAACUGGAAUAUUUUAGGGUGGAAUGCUAAACCUUUUGUGGGACCCACUGCUCCUCAUGCAGGCACGAGACAUUUGUUAUGGACUGAUGAAAAUUCUUCAGAUGUGUCAUCCGAGAAUGAUGUAUUAUCCAAUGGUACUUAUGGACCCGAUUGCCAAAAUAUGACAUUGAACACAAAUAAUUUUAUAAAUAUUAAUCAGACAGAAAGUUUAAGGAUAGCUGGUGACCUUAGCAGAUGGAUCGGCGGUGGAACGACUCUCAAUUGGACCUACGACCAACCACGGAAAAAACGAAAUGCGUUUGUUAAUGAGGACAGAUUGCAUGGUGGAUUACUGGAAACAUAUAAACUAUACAACAAACUAAAUUUAGAUAAUGGUCUCAUGGAAUUCUUAACCACUAAACACAGCGCGAGGAAUGUUCGGGAUAAGGCACGGCUUCGGCGUAUCAGACGCCACAAGGAGGUUGAAUUCGCGGAUAAUGCAGUACUCGACUAUGAAACUUUGUAUAGAAAGCCUAUGAGGAAAACUGUUGAUGAUUAUAUGGAUGAUUUUGGAGAAUGGAAUGCUUUAUUACAAGCGUUGCAGAGGAGGGACGAUACAUUUUACGUGGUCGGUGUGGGGAAAGGCGAACAUCUAUUAUUGCCAGCAGUUUCGCAUAAUGUCACCAGGCCGCCGAAAAUGGCACUGAUUUUACCUGCAAAGACAGGCAACGAUUCUGUCAUGAAUGAUCACGUAACGCUUAUGCAAAUCGAUUGUUCUGUCGUCAACACAACUCUAGUCAAAUUAAAAUCAGAUGCACUUCCUGAGAGUCUAAGGAAACCAAGUAACAAAAGUGGCAGAACCUUUAACAGUACCUCUAACACUGGUAACAGUAAAAGCAAAGAUACCAUUGAUUCUAGUCUUGUUGAUGUAUUGAAAAAUUCAAGCAAUAAUAUAUCAAACUAUCCUUUGAAUAAGGAUAAGUUACAAAACAAUGGCAAAGAUAUAUAUUCCAAUAAUUUCUUAUUUUCUAAACUAGAUGUUAAGGACAAGAAUAAUUUAUUUAUGAAACCAGGGCGCAAGCCAAAUUGAAAACACAAGUAAUAAAUAGGAAUAUAUAAGAUUAGAACUUCAAGGCAAUUGGUAAUCAAGUUAUAAAUUCAUUGCAAUGCUAAAGCAUUCAAACUUUAAAUUUUAUUUUAUAGAACUAUUUGAUGUGGACGCUGGUGUCGAAUGAAACAUAAUUAUUCAUCUAAAUUAAACUAUUUUACGAAUUUUAUCGCGGUUUUAAUAUUUUACUUUCUCCCGACGUUUCCCCCGUGACCAUGAAGGCUGCAAAGUCUUUGAAACGUUGGGAGAAAAGUAAAAUAUUAAAACCGCGAUAAAAUUCGUAAAAUAGUUUAAUUAAAUGUGUAAAAUUCGCGUAAACUUAAGAAAUUUAUUCAUCUAUUAAUUGUUUGUUCAUCUACUUUUGUUUGUUGAAAUACAAAUAUAUUUUUAUGAAACUAUUUUAGUCUAAAUACUGUUCUUUAAAUAAUUUCAAAAGAGAUCUCAAUUGAGUAAUUAUUUUACUUCCAAUGAAUAAUCAAUAAGUAUCAGUGACCUAGCAAUGUUUAUUUUUUACUUGAGUGAAAUUGAAAUAUUAUUAUGAAAAAAAAAUAUGAAUAAUUAAUGCAAAUUGAAAUAAAACUACUUUUUAUUAUUAAAAUAAACGAAAACAAAAGUAAUAAUAUAGACAUUUUGUAUGCAUACGGUAGUUUGACGCAUUUUGAUCGUCUCGAUUUUAUUUCGAUUAAUCGAAAUGAUGAAUCAUACAGAUUUUGGUGCCCUUUAGAUAAGUGCAAUAAUUAAUUUAGCCUUAGGUUCACAACAUUCCCAUUGUUACCUUGAAAAAGAAAGAAAAUGUGCUUUUUUCAUAUUAAAUUUGUGGUACUAAAUUUAUUUUUCUAAUUUCUUUCAAUGUCUAUAUGUUAUCCUAGUUAGUUGUUAAACCUAGCUAAAGUAUUUAUGUACAUAAUUGUAAAAUAUAAUGUUAUGCAAUGCAUUUUAAAUAUUCGUUCUUUUGCUAGAAAUUAUCUAGAGACAUAAGACAGGUACUGAUUAUGUUUUAUAGUAUAAUUUAAAAGCUGUCUAACAUUUGUUUCAUUAUAGUUAAUUUAAUAUUUUUUUAUUUACUUAAGCGCAUUAGGAUGGAGAAGCUGUCAAGAAAGAAAUAUUAAAUAAUAAAAAUUGUUAGUCUCUUAU